AUGGAUUUACGAUUGGUGCUGUGUACGAUUUUAGCAUUUAGUAAUUACUGUACUGGGUUGGUAUUUAAAUAUCACAAUUCCACUGUAUUAACUUACCAUAAUGCAAGAAUCGAAUGUCAAACGAAUGGAUAUGAGUUACUGGUGCUUCAUUCUGAAGCUGACAUUACGGAAAUCAACAACUUUUUGGACACCCUAGACAGGCCUCAACACAUAUGGAUAGGAUUAGAUAAGUAUCAAGGUAAAUCAAAUUUUACGUGGUUAACUGGUAAUCUAGCUUCAUUCAAUAACUGGGAAGAAGGUGAACCAGAUGGAUGGUCCUAUCAACAUUGUGUUUGUAUUCAAAAGACCAACUUACGCUGGAAUUCCAGGAGGUGUGGUUACAAAUUUAAUUUUUUAUGUGGACCUUUGAGCCAACCUAUAAAUUACGAUGAAGGUGGUCUUCUAGUUCAGGGUCCGUUUUAUUUAUUUUCUCAGAACACAAGUAUUCAGUCAAUUUCAACAAUGAAACAUUCCUAUGAGAAAAAACUACGCUGUGCUCAUUUAUGUUCUAUUCAAGUGGAGUGUACAGAUUUCAGUUUAUCGACAGUUGAUUGUACUCUUCAUUUAAAUAGUGUCAAUGGAUCGGAAUUUACGUUGAUUGGAACUAACCUUUGGACAAGGCGACCAAGGUGA